AUUUUGAGUGUAAUGUUGGAAGCAGCAAAAACGUAAAAAUUUAAUAUACUCGUUCUCUUCACUUACGUACAUACGUAUAUACUAAAACUCCGCGAGUACCGCGAGUAGAUCCACCAGCUAAAAUUGUGAACUGAGCUGUAUGAGUAAAUAGUGUUCAAUUCAGUAGAGUUUAACAGCCAGACGUAGCCACAAAGAGGCAACCGCGUAGUUUUUCCUUAUUGCUGCAUUUUCGGAUCCGCGAGAUUUGGAGAAAGUUAUUUUUCACGGAAAACCACACCUUUGGAUUAAGAUUUAGCCGGUGCAAAAGUGCUAUUAUAUAGACAAGGAAGGACGAUCCAAAAGACAACGCCAAUAUGAGUGAUGAACAAUCACGAGAUCACCCACGUGGAGUGGAGGCACUAAAACAACACAUCAUCCUUAACAAGAUCGACACAGCGUUGUGGGCAUCCCGAGUGCUGACAGUAAUCUUUGCACUCGGAUACGUCAUUCCAAUCUUCGGCAACCCCACCAAUGCAUACUACAAAGUAUUAAUGGCCAACGCCGCCACAAGUGCCCUUCGUCUGCAUCAACGCAUGCCACCGUUCGAGCUUUCUCGGCCAUAUCUACAAAAGCUGCUACUGGAAGAUUCCUGUCACUACUUGCUAUACUCACUAAUUUUCCUCUACGCUUAUCCGGUGCUGCUCAUCAUUUUUCCAGUGACCUUGUUUGCGAUCCUGCACUCAGCCAGCUAUUCGCUGACGCUGCUUGAUACACUCGGCCAAAACGCAUGGUGGGGUGCAAGACUUUUAAUUUCGCUGGUUGAAUUCCAAACCAGAAAUAUACUGAGGCUGGCCGCCUUCGCAGAAAUUUUCAUCAUGCCACUGGCAAUCGUAUUAGUAUUUGUAGGUAAAGCCGGUAUUAUGACCCCACUGGUAUAUUACCAGUUCUUGGUGCUACGAUACUCGUCCCGUCGCAAUCCUUACACUAGGAACGUUUUCUACGAGUUGCGUCUGGUAACGGAAAACUUUGCUAACGGUGCACGCACGCCACCCGUCAUUCGUAAGGUGCUUCAGAGCUCCAUUAGCCUGAUCAGCAGAUUAGCACCUCCGAUGCAGCAGCAACAACAACAGCAGUAAUGGUCAUCUGCUAUAAUGCAAAAUGUACUAUCGCGUAAUAUCAUUAUUACUAAUUCAUGUGCACGGUAACCAGCACCACUAAACCUUCACGUGGGUAAGGUCACUUCAUUCGAGUAUUGGGAAGGUAGCAAGACUUCUUCGCAGUUUAAUGCCUUCUCUAUGUGCGCUUUUCAUACAUACAUUCUUCAAACAGUUUUAGGAUAUGGGACGUAACGUGUAAGUUACCCUAUUAACACUUUUUCUUUAAAAGGCAAUUAUAUUUAAAAAAGGCAUAAAGACAGCGAACACAUUCGACGAUCAUAGACACAACAGAGCAUUUCAAACUUGGUAAUGGAAGUUAAAUGUAUUGACGUUGCGUUUAGUUCUGUUUGUUAAAUUGCAAAGAAACCCAUUUUACUUCUUACAUAUGAUAGUGUAUAACAACAACGCAGAUGCAUAGUUAACGUAGAUGUGGAUGGGCAAUAAAUGUUUCUAUUUAAGUUUAAAGAGUGACACGUUUCCUACAAAAAUA